AAGGAGCCGGAGCCGGAGCUUCUGGGUUCGGCCGCCCCGCGCUGAGCGCCGGCAGCCGGAUUUGGGGGAUUGUGCUCGACAGUCCUUGGGAGUAGGGUUUUGGAUACUUUCCUUUCCCAUUAGAAAGGGACCGACAGCAGCCUAACCCUACCAGUCUGGGUGGCAGAUGAAGGCUCUCCCAGAUGGGUGGCCAGAAGAAUGACGACUCUCACUCGGCAGGACCUUAACUUUGGACAAGUUGUGGCUGAUGUUCUCUGUGAAUUCUUGGAAGUGGCUGUGCAUCUCAUCCUCUAUGUCCGAGAAGUUUACCCUAUUGGAAUCUUCCAGAAGAGAAAAAAAUACAAUGUGCCUGUCCAGAUGUCCUGCCAUCCGGAGCUGAAUCAGUACAUUCAAGAUACCCUCCACUGUGUGAAGCCACUGCUGGAGAAGAAUGAUGUGGAGAAGGUCGUGGUGGUGAUUUUGGACAAAGAGCACCACCCAGUGGAGAGAUUUGUCUUCGAAAUCACUCAACCUCCCCUGCUUUCUAUCAGCUCAGACUCUCUGUUGUCCCACGUGGAGCAGCUCCUUCGUGCCUUCAUCCUGAAGAUCAGUGUCUGUGAUGCCGUCCUGGACCACAACCCCCCAGGCUGUACCUUCACUGUCUUGGUCCACACGCGGGAAGCAGCCACACGAAACAUGGAGAAGAUUCAGGUGAUCAAGGACUUCCCCUGGAUCUUGGCAGAUGAGCAAGAUGUGCACAUGCAUGACCCUCGGCUAAUCCCACUGAAGACCAUGACCUCAGACAUUUUAAAGGUGAAGCUGAGUGGCAAGGACGUCAUGGGACCUAGGCAUCCCAGUGACUGCUGGGAGACACAUUUCACAAUGCUUAGAGAGUGUUUGUUAGGGGCCUAGGGGAUGUGAUCAGACCUCCUAAGCUACCUUUGGUUGAUGGCUUAGGAAGAGCCAUCCUAUUAUUUUAAACUCUCCAGGAAGGAAUUGGUUUCUCCCAUGCCUCAUACCUGGAACAGAGCCCACGCAUAGUAGCCUGACUUGUCUCAUCUUGGUUGGCCUGGGGCACUUUGGGCAAGCUCCCUCUCACCUAGACCAUGACCCAGGCUGAGAAUGGGCAGGCUACAGACAGCCCUUGGCUAUUUCCUCAUGUCCUCUGACCACCCACCCCUCUUGAGUGAGAGCAUUUGUCUCAGUUAGAAAGAGUCCCCAGGAUCAUAGAGGCCGGGUGGUCCAAUCCCUGUCCCCACAAAGCAUCCCUUCUAUGACAUCUUGGGCAAGUGGUCUUGCUCAGAGAGCGCUAAGGGAAACUCGUGACCUCCUAAGGCAGUCUGUGCCACUUUUGGAUGGCCCCCAUUAGGGGAUAGGGGUUAGGAUGUUCUUCCUGACACCAAGGCCAAAUUUGCUUCUCUGUUAUUUCUAACCACUGCUCUCUGGCAUCACAUAGAGCAAGUCUGAUUCCCUCCUUCCACUUAGCAUUUGUGUAACCCAAGGCAAAUCACUUCUUCUCUGAGCCUUAGUGUUCUCAUCUGUGAAAUGGGGGUGGGGAGAUGGUAAGAAUACCUCGCCUUAAAGUGCCACAGAAACAUAACUUUUUACCUUCAUCACCACUGGCAUGGUUUCCUUCUAACAGAUGCAGCUGUAUGUAGAAGAGAGGGCUCACAAGAGCAGCUGAAGCAGGCCUCCCCAGCUAAUGCAGGACUGGACUUUGGCGGCAAUCAUGGGCCCCUCCUGGCCUGGAACUGCAUCCUGGGCUUCAAGUGCGCUUACCCCGUUGUCUGGCAAGUCCACAUUGCCCUCGAUACUGGCUCCCUCUGCCUGCUCUGGUCACACGCAGACCAGCCUUUGAUCGCUAGGAAGGAAUCCCAGGGAUAGGGUGGAGAGAACCCAGGACCUUGUUCUCUGCUGUCCACAAGUGGUCAUUGUAUAUCAGACUGUGGUUUUUGUUUCAAUAAAAGACCUGAGGGCA